AUGCAAACACAUCGAUAUAACACUCUCUCGCACACGCUCUCCGCUUUCUUGCUCUUCUUCCUGUCUCCGCCACUUUUGUCUUGCGCCGCCGCACCGGCGACACAGCAAGAUCUGCUACUUCGUUCAUCGUGCGCUCAGGCCCGGUACCCCAACCUAUGCGUCCAAACUCUGUCCAACUCCGCAGGUCCCGCCAUGAAGCCCUUGGAUCUGGCUCAAGCCGCUGUUAGGGUUAGCCUCGCUCACGCUCGCACCCUCUCCGGUUACCUCAAGAACCUGCAGUUACAAGCAAAGUCAGGGUCCAGUAACUGGCAGCGAGGUGCGGUGAGUGACUGCGUGGCGCAGAUUUCCGACUCGGUGAACGAGUUGAGCAACACGUUGAACGAGUUACAGCACCUGCAGAUGGGAAAGUUCGAGUGGCAUAUGAGCAACGCCCAGACAUGGAUCAGCACCGCCAUGACCGACGGCCAAUCCUGCCUCAACGGCUUCAAAGACGGCAACGUCGAAGGGAAACUCAAAUUGGACGUGAACCGUAGGGUAACGGGUGUAGCUAUGCUCACCAGCAACGCCUUGUACCUGAUCAAUCGCCUUGGUGCUAGCAGGAAUGGGAAGCCUCGCUCCAAUUCCAAAACACACUUCUGA